UGGUGGUCGAAUAAACAAGACCGACAAGACCCGACGUAGUUGGUCGGUUCGAGAGGAGGAGGUUUUGUUGGCUGCUAUGAAAGAGUUGGUUGCGCAAGGCUGGAAAUCGGAUAAUGGUUUUCGCGCCGGAUAUUUGAGUAAGUUGGAGGAAGCGAUGAAGAAGGAAUUCCCAAAUACGGAUUUGAAGGGAAUGCCUCACAUAAAUUCCAGAAUCACAAUAUGGAAGAAGAAUUACUCUUCGCUAUCGGGAAUGCUAGGGAAAAGUGGAUUUGGCUUCAACUUGAAUGGGAAACACAUGAUCGAUUGUACCGAUGAACAAUGGGAGGAAAUUAUGAGGCGUGACAAUAAUGCGCGAAAUAUGCGCAAGAAGAGUUGGCCAUACUUGGAUGAUUGGAGUGAGAUCUUUGGAAAAGAUAGGGCUACCGGCGAUGGUGCGGAAGAUAUCAUGGAGGCUGCGCACGAGAUGUACCGUAACAUCGACCUCACCGAGCCACACGUUGAUGGAGAUUAUCAUGUCACUCUUGAUGACAUGUACGAAACUACGGAUGCAGCUGAUAGUGUGAGCCAAAGCUUCAAACCAGCACCUGAAGUGCGUGCACCGGCGAGGAAGAGAAAACGAGAUGACGGCGUCGAUAAGAUGUAUGCCGCACUGUCUGAGAUAACAAGCAUGACGGGCGAGCAUUUGAAUACAAUAGCAAGUAGGAUGGGGUACGAUUUCGACAUCUCAAAGGCGAGGAAGGAGGUCUUUGCCCAACUAGGCUCCAUCCCGGGACUAACCCUCACGGACAAGUUCGAAAUCACCGACUUGCUUGCUAAAGAGGUAGAGCGCCUUGACGUUUUUACCAGCCUGCCGGAUGAAGCGAAAUCCGAGUACGUGCACUACCUACUUCGCCUGAAGUUCAAGUAGCUUGCUGUUUGAAUUACUCGAAGUUGCUGCUGUUUUUUGUGGAACCCCUAGGUUACCUUAAGUACUCCUUGUGUGUGAUGAUUUGAAUCUGUUUAA